AACACUCUAUCGCUCAUCGCGUUAAUAAUAAUUCCGCUGAACAUGUCGGAAGCUCGCUCUAUUGAAAGCACAGAUGACACACGCAAAGAGUCAGAAGACUUGGCAUCUCCCAUACCUAGCCCCACUCCAGAUGAGAUUGGACUUCUAAGAGAAAUCGUAUUCGUGGGUCUUGUGGUGGGAACUCAAUUGUUGACGCAGGCCUCCUUGGCACAAACAAUUAUUACCGUUGGAACUCUUAGUAAAGAUUUUGAUGUCACAGACAGCCCAGGUGAACAAUCUUGGUUUACAGCUGCCUUCUCGUUAACGGUGGGUACCUUCAUCUUAAUUUCUGGAAGGCUUGGUGAUUUGUUUGGGUAUAAAAAGAUAUUCGUAUCAGCUUACUGUUUCUUAUCAUUAAGCAGUCUAAUAACUGGCUUCACCGUGUAUACCCACUCGGUCGUCUUCUUCGAUGUCAUGAGAAGUCUUCAAGGGUUGGGGUUUUCUUUGGCCUUCCCUAAUGCGCUUGCCAUUUUUGGACACUACUAUCCAAUGGGUCCCAAGAGAAUCUUAUUCAUGUGCUUAUUUGGGGCGGUAGCCCCUGGUGGGUUUGUUAUUGGAAGUUUAUUCAAUACCACCAUCGUCAACCAUGCGUGGUGGCCUUGGGGUUUCUGGGUAUUAGCCAUCGUGGCUUUGGUGGUGGCAUUUACAUCAUUUUUUGUUAUUCCCAAGAAUAUCGUGAACAAUUCAUCUCACAGAGGAGGGUUUGAUUGGGUUGGCUCGGUGACUGGUGUGUGUGGUCUUAUUCUCAUCAAUUUUGCCUUUAACCAGGGCCCUAAUGUUGGUUGGGACAAACCCUACGUGUAUGUUUUAUUGAUUGUGGGAUUUCUCUUUGUUGGAGCAUUUUUCGUGGUUGAGAGAAAGGUUAAAAACCCUUUGGUGCCCAAGGAGGUGAUGAGAGGUGAAACUGGGUUUGUUUUAGGGUGCAUUGCUGCUGGUUGGUCCAGUUUUGGUAUCUGGCUUUUUUACACCGCCAGAUUUCUCUCAGUAUUGGACCUUCUUUCACCUAUGCAAGUAACCGUUCGGUAUAUCACUGUGCUCCCCAUGGGAAUAGCUGCUGCUGGUCUCACUGCGGUUUUACUUCCAAAAAUAAAUGUGUCUUACAUCAUGAUUAUUGCCAUGACUGCUUUUCUUGUUUGCAAUGUAUUGAUAGGGAAUAGACCUGUUGGGCAAGUGUACUGGGCACAAAAUUUUGUAUCUUUCCUCAUUGGUCCAUUUGGAAUGGAUAUGAGUUUUCCAGCAGCUACUGUCAUAUUGUCCCAUAGUUUCCCCAAGCACCAACAAGGUGUGGCGGCGUCAUUAGUUUCCACAAUCGUAAACUACUCCAUCUCAAUUGGUCUAGGACUUGCAGGAACCGUCGAGUACUACACCGUAAAGGGACAACCAGAUACUUUUGAAGUGACAGAAAGAGGAAUCCGUAGAGCCUUCUACAUGGGCAUGGGACUCGGAGGCUUAGGAGUUGUGACAGCUAUUGUAUUUAUUUUCUAUGAAAGGGCUAAAGACAAAAGGAAAGAAAAGGCCAGUAGUGAUGCAAAAGAGCAUUCUUAAUCUCCAUUUGUAGCUAAUCGAAGAACAAUGUCAUUAAACAAAAAUAGAAAACAGUGUUAUGUACUGUUAUAAGAUACAUAUAUAUAUUUGAAAAGCUAAUGAAAAGGCAAGUUUAAAUGAUGUUAUACUCUUUAGCAAAUGCCACGAUAUUUUCUGCAACUUCAGGAGCAUGACUGAUCCCAGCAAAGUGUCCGCCUGGAAUAUCAACCAAUUUGACGUUCUUGGAGUCUCUCUUAAAAGCUUCCUGGCCUGCCUUAGGGAAAAUGAAGUCAUUAACUCCCCAAAUGACUAAAAUUGGAACAUUUGAAGUACGAAAGUACUGGUGAAACACAGGAUACUUCUUGACAUUGUUUCGGUAAUCUGUGAACAAAGUCAAUUGGUUGUGGGUGGUGUUGGGAUAUUCACUUAAAAGUUGAAAGUCAACAACAGGACCCUCAGGAUCAACCCUGCUUAAAUCCUCUUCACCAUCGAAGUACUGAGAAUGAUAAGGCUCAUAGGUAAGGAAAAGCUUGGUCAAUUCAGCAUUGAUACUUUCCAAUUGGCUACUUUCUUUUGGUGUUAAACUAGGCUUUUCAACCAACUCCCAGACUAUUCUCAAAGGGUCCCAAAAUUCUUGAAGUGCAUCCUCGUAUGCAUUUCCGUUUUGACUAAUGAUGGACGAAACCUCAUAUUUUGGGUCGAGUGCCAAUCGGAACCCCACCGGAGCACCGUAGUCGAAGACAUAGACGCUGAAUUUGGUGAUUUUCAACUCAUCUAAUAAUAAGCUUACUGUCUCAGCAAGCGCAUCAAAGGACAAGUUGAAGUCUUCAGGCAACUUGGUCUGACCAAAAGCUGGUAAGUCAGGAGCAAUUAUAUGGAACUUAUCAUUUAAUAAGGGAAUUAUUUGGGCAUAUUGCCUAGACGAACUCGGGAAUCCGUGUAAAAGAAGCAAAAUUGGUUUCGACUUGCAGCCACUUUCUCUAUAGAAAAUUUCGACUCCGUUGGAGAGCUUGGUAGUUUUGAAAGUAGUGGUGGACAUCGGUUGUUUCGGAAAGAUCAAUUGACUUUUGAAGUGAAUUGUAUCCUAAUUGAACGGAACUCUCUUCUCUUUAUAUAGUGUGAAACUGGCCGGAAGUAUGCACGGAUAGCAU